ACCUGACUCAGACGGUGAUCUUUGGAAGGCAUAUGUUAAUCGAAGAUCUAUCUGCCUUGAUGUGGGAUUCGCUAAUGCAGGUACCCGGCAUCUCACACACGGGGACUCGGAGCUGAGAGAAGAUUGUUGGGGGAUGUUGCGGCUGCAAUUCUCCCAUUGUCCCACCUGACCUAGCCUUGUGCAGCGGCGGAGGGAGAGGAGGGAGGGGGUCGGCUGGGAGCAGGGACCCCACGGAAAGUUUGGUGGAUGAGUGUCGGGGCGCCGGCUGCUCCGCUGGCAGCGGGAGAGAGCUGGAGCAGCGGAUCGCCGGAUGAUGGGCAGCGGCGGAGCCCGGGGCUGCGCUGUGCUCCACCUCAACGAGGACAACGGGCGCUUGGUGCUGCUCGCCCUGCUCAUCGUGGCUUACCUGCUGUGCGGCGCCGCCGUGUUCUCGGCCAUCGAGCGGCCGGCCGAGCUGGAGGCGAGGAGCAGGUGGAACCGCACGCUGCGCAACUUCGCCGACAAGUUCGACAUCGCCGGCGGCGAGCUGAGCGCCUUCCUGCGGGACUACGAGGUGGCCGUCGCGGCGGGCAUCCACUCCGACAGCCUGAGACCCAGGUGGGACUUCACCGGAGCCUUUUACUUCGUGGGCACCGUGGUGUCCACCAUCGGUUUUGGCAUGACAACUCCAGCGACAGUGACUGGGAAAGUGUUUCUGAUAUUUUACGGCCUUCUUGGAUGCGCAGGGACUAUUCUGUUCUUCAACCUCUUUCUCGAGCGCACCAUCACGCUGCUAGCUUUCAUCAUGAAGGCGUGUUACCAGAGGCAGCUGCAGAACAAGGGCCUGCUGCCUCCCAUCAUUGGCCGCCAGUCUGCCCUCAUGGACGCGGCCAGCCUGGCGGGAUGGAAGCCGUCUGUGUACUACAUCAUGCUGAUCCUGGCCAUUGCCGCUGUGGUGAUAUCCUGCUGUGCUUCCGCCAUGUACACGCCGGUGGAAGGGUGGAACUACACCGACUCACUGUACUUCUGCUUCGUCACCUUCAGUACUAUUGGCUUUGGGGAUCUCGUCAGCAGCCAGAACGCGGCCUACACUAAUCAGGGAUUGUACAGAUUUGGUAAUUUUGUAUUCAUACUCUUGGGGGUGUGCUGCAUCUACUCGCUCUUCAAUGUUAUCUCCAUCGUGAUCAAACAGUUCCUCAACUGGUUGUUGAAGAAGCUGGAGUGUGGUUGCUGCCCGAGAUGUCGGAGGGGGAAGAUGCGCACUGGGCGUCGUAACGCCAUCACGCCGGGGCAGUCCCGCAUCCGCAGGAACCACGUCCUGGCGGAGGAGGACGAGCCGUGUGACAGUGACACCGAGGGAAGGAGGCUCUCUGGGGAGAUGAUCUCCAUGAGGGACUUGACUGCCUCCAACAAGGUGUCCCUUGCCAUCCUGCAGAAGCAACUGUCAGAAACUGCCAACGGCUACCCCAGGAGAGUGUGCAUCAACACAAGGCAGAACGGCUUCUCGGGAGGGGUGGGAGCUUUGGCCAUCAUGAAUAACAGGUUAGCGGAGACCAGUGAGACAAGGUGAUAAGUACAAGGCCUCACCAGCAAUCAGGGUGGUCUGAUUUCAUUCAGCAAAUGCAUCGACGGGCAACUCAUGCCGGUGUCUUCUACAGCACAGCUCCAUGACACGGUGAGACUGUCGCUGCAUCUCACUCCACAUACACUGCAUCCUCUGAGGCUACGUCAGAGUUUUUUUUCCCAAUGCAGGAGGUAUAAUCUCUUCCCACAUGCCAUUUUGUUGCCUGCAGUAUUUCCUCGAAGGAUUAAAUGUCUCCCUCCACCAGGUGAGAACUGCCAAUUUGUUCAAGAUAGGACCAGCUUGUUCAAAGGCUCUCAAAAUCGUUAGCAUCUGACUUUUUUUCGUUAUUUAAGAAAUGUGCCUGAUGAGGAAACUCUACUUCAUACUUAAAAGUACGGUGCAGCACACAUUGAAUGUCUAGAUUCUGCUCACUGGUUUUCAGAUAGAGGUCAGCAAAAGAGUUGGACUUGUUUUAUUUGAAACCUGCCUUUAAGCAGGUAUGCAAUCCCCUGGUAAUAUUGGGAACUAUAUAUCAUUCAAAUUUUAACCAUAUUAGUGAAGAGGAAAUCAAAUGGCAAAAAGGAUUAAGUGAAUUAGGGGAUUAAGUAAAAAUCGUUCUACGUUCCAACAAGACAAGGAAGAUAAACAGAACAGAUUAAACAAUCGAUUUGGAUUCUGACCAGAUUAUACACUGUGACAGUGUGUGUAACAACCCAUCCAUAUCCCCCCCACUGGUCCAAAACAACAUCCCUCUCAAAAUAUUGAUAGUUGUCUCUUCUGCGUUUUGGGCUAAAUCGCCUUUAGACUUUAGGUAUACAAUGCGGAAACAGGCCCUUCAGCCCACCAAGUCCGUGCCAACCAGCUAACACUAUCCUACACACUAGGGACAAUUUACAAUUUAACCAAAGUCAAUUAACCUACAAACCCGCACGUCUUAGGAGUGUGGGAGGAGCAGCCAGAGAAAACCCACGUGGUGACAGGGAGAACGUGCAAAGUCUGUACAGGCAGCACCGUAGUCAGGAUCGAACCCGGGUCUCUGACAAUAUAAUGCUGCAAUGGUACCGCUGUGCCACUGUGCCACUCACUACCUGAAACAAAUGCAAUCCAGAUACAAAGAUCGCAAGGGAUUGAUGUGUAAUUGGCCAGUCUGCAUUUACACCAUGAACCUGGUGCCCAAGAACGCAUCUCAAACUAGGGGAAGUUAGGGUUAGGCAAUGCUGGGCAUAGCCAUGCAUGUCCACACCCGUAAAUGAAUACAGUGAUUACCAUUCUGGGUAAAAAAGGAAAUUAUUAGGGCACUAAUAAUACUUCAAAAUCAAAUGACAACCUUGCUAAGAUCUGAGCAGACACAAUUAGGGUGAUUUUAAUUUGUUGCUUACUUGCAACAUGUCUGAGGAAAGUUUGGGAGGAAAGAAAGUUUGGUCCUAGUUAGAUACCCAAGACUAAUUUCUUAUAAAUUUGCAGACAUCACAUCUACCCGUUUUGAGCAGGAGGUUUUUAUAUAUUAUGUCAAUUGAAAUCCUACAUAAUUUUAGCCCCCAAACUGCAACUUUGAAAUGCAAAUAUGUCGAGUAGGGGUGAGUUGCCUGACCAGUUAGAGCGUGCCUUCCAUAUAACAGUGCAAUGUAGAGAAGGAACAGUUGCUAAGGACAUAAAAGACAGGGGUAUGAGUCAGCCAUCUUUGAGUACCUUUGAAACUGCUCUGCCUUCCAGUAGAAUCAUGGCUCAUGCUGUUCCUCAAGAUAACCAAAGUACUAUGUCCAUCCCCACCUGCCUAUCCUCACUUCAACAUCCUGAUUUCCUGUCCUCCCACAAACUUUGAGCUGCUAGAUGGUUGGAGGAAUAAACCUGUGUGUCUUUUCCACCUUUCCAUGAGCUGCACAAGCAUUUCACUUUCAUUUUGUUCACACUAAAUAAAGAUUGUUAGACAGAUAUGUUGAAUGGUUUAUCCCGACACAGAUAUUUAAAGAAGAGGCUAAAUUUAAAAUGUGUAUUCCUUGUUUCACCACUUUCGGUGAGUGGGAUUUGUUCAUCUGUGCCUACUUAAAAAAAGCACCAAAAUGUCAGCUGGGAGUAUUAACAUUGAAUAAAGCUGGAUCAAGCUGAAUUUCUCAGUUGGACAGAAAGAAAAAUUGGUAGAAACAUAGUAUGUUAAUCCAACACAGCACAGAACACACUUACUGAGGCCAAGGACAUAGAAACAGUGAAGGACGCACAGUGCUGGCAUAAUUCAGCAGGCCAAGCAGCAGCCCUGGAGAACAUAGAUAAAUGACGUUUCGAGUCUGGACCCUUCUUCAGUCUAACUGAAAGGUUGGGAGCCUUCUUUAGACUGAUCAGUGUGAAGAAGCAUCCUGACCCGAAACGUUUCCAUGUUUUCCAGGGAUGUUGCCUGGAGCAUUUCUAUUGCCGACUUACGUGAUGUCUGAGUUACACCAAGGUUUGUGGGACCUUGGUAAUGUAAUGUAAGUUGGGGAGCAUGUGUAAUAUUCAAAUAUAGAAUUGAAUGUCUUUCAAAGAGCUGAAUGAACAAAAAGCAUACCCCAGACAAUGAAAUAAUAAAUUUGUUGUUACAAAAGCAAAACAAUGCAGAUGCCAGACAUCUGAAAAAAUAAUUUGAGCUUGAGUUUAGUUUAUUGUCACGCGUACCAAGGUGCAGCGGAAAGUUUUUGUUGCGUGCUAUCCAGUCAGUGGAAAGACUAUACACGAUUACAGUCGAGCCAUCCACAGUGUACAAAUACAUGAUAAUGGGAUGAAUUGAAAUGCUUGAAUUCAGCAGAUCAUGCAGCAGCAGUGCAGAGAGAAAGCCAACAUGACUUCACGUGGCAAUGAAAGAUCAUCAAUCUGGAACGCUGUUUUUCUUGCCAUGGAUUCUGUCAGACCGACAGAAUAUUUUCAGCAUUUCUGUUGUUAAACCCAUAGUUAAUUUUUAUUAUUCUUUAUAAUUGAAGGCUAACAUGCCCUGAGUAACAGGGCAUGAAUACACCAGGAGAAUGCACUUUGGAAGAGGAUGAUGUAAAAUAUAAUUAGCACAAGAUGUAGAGCUUAGGUCGAGGAGCUUACAGAUGGUGCAAGGCAGGUACGUAAUGCAAUAUUCCUGUGGUAGACUAAUUUGGUUAAAGUAAUUCACAGUUGAAUCAAUGAAAGAGAAGUAUGUGAAAGGAGAUGUCCUACGUGCUAAUAACAUCUCAUCUACUAUUUUCAUAGAGCAGAGAAAACAUUUUGAUCAUCUGAUUACGCUGUAUGUGAACCAUCAUCACCUGAGUUAACAACUCGAUCACGGGCACUUUGCCUGCAUUACUUAGCAAUGAGGAUAUGGCAUUGCAAAGUUCUUCUUCAUAUAGCAGAGAUGCAAUGUUCUGUCCUCACAUGAGAGGGCCUCAUAAGGAAAUGCUCCCCAGUGAUCUGGAUACGCAAUUUAACAUUCACCUGACGGGACUGGCAUUUCUGGGCCAGUGCAUUGUCUUGGACAAUGGAUUUCAGUUGUCACUUAAGAAAGUAUUAGGUCUCCAACAACUGGAGAACAGGAUAAGUGAAACUGUUGCACAUCGGUGUUACUCUCAGGUGUAAUUGGCAGGUCCUCUUACUUUACUUUGCUUUAGACUUUAGAGAUACAGGUGUGAAAACAGAGAUACAGCCCACCGAGUCUGCGCUGACCAGCGAUUACGCCGUACACUAGCCCUAACCUAAACACUAGCGACAAUUCAUGGAAGCUAAUUAACCUACAAACCUGUAUGUCUUUAAAGAGUGGGCGGGGAAACCGAAGCACCCGGAGAAAACCCACGCGGUCAUAGAGAGAACGUACAAAUUCCAUACAGACAGCAUCGAACCUGGGUCUCUGGUGCAGUAAGGCAGCAACUGUGCGACUCUGGGUGCCGCACUAUCCACUUAAUUAUAGGCAGCAAAUCGACAGCCAGAAGCAACUGCUUUACCUCAGCUAGCGAGCAACUUGGAAUAAGUAGUAAAAAUUAUGCAAGUAUUCUUGAAUCGCAAGGGCCCAUGCAAAUCACCUCAGUAAAAUCAUUUUGAGUCCUUCACUAUGUGCCUCCAAAACUUCAUGCACUCAACCUAAAUGUGAAUUUAGUUAUUAAUAAAACUUUGCACUAAGAAUAUAUCUUGUGGUCUAUGAUUCUUUCGCUGUACCAAAAGGAGAACAAAAAAUAUUUAUUCACUUUGUGCAAAGUGUAAAACAGAUGACAGGAAAUCUUUUCCCUCCUGCUUUUUAAUUUGAUUGCCUUGGAUUAAAAUAAACCGAGAAAGGUGGAUAACAUAUUCCCAUAAGAAGUACAAGGAUGUACAUGGAGAUCAUUUUGGUCAUCAAGGCUGUUCCACCUCUCUGGGCACCCAGGCCCCCUUAACACCCACCAUUUUCAUCAUCUCCCUUCAUUCAAUUAUCAUUGGGAGUAAUUUGCAGUGACAUUUAUACCAACCCGUAUGUCUUUGGGAUGUGGGAGGAAACCGUAGCAUGGGGAUCCCAUGCAGUCAGAGUGAGAACAUGCAAACAUCAUACAGACAACACACGUGGUCAAGAUUGAACCCAGUUUUCUGGAGCUGCAAGGCUGUGCCACUGUACCACACCAGCACCACAACAAUUCUCCCUGCUAUUUGCACAAUAAUCCACAUUGACAUGCUCUCUGGGCAACUUCCAUGCAUGGAGUGGUGCUUUCGAUGGUUCUGCUCUACAGACCUGAAGAACCAUACACCUACUAACUAGCUCUUCUUGAUUCUUGUCUAUACUACGCUAAAAGGCAAAACCUCAAGACAAUGCCUUCAAAUUCACUAGAACUUAUUGGAAGAAGGCUGCCUUACUUCAACACUUUGUGUCCAUUUUUGUAAACCAUCAUCUGCAGUUCCUUGUUUCUACUAUAACUAAAUGGUAUGGAGUUCCUGUCUUGUAGAUCUUUGGCUCUAAACACUCAGACCCCACAUAAUAAGGAAGGGCCUCGACACAAAAUGUCAUGCAUUUCCUUCCACAGAUGCUGCCUGACUCACCAGCUCGAGUUCAUCCAGCACUUUGCUUCUUUGGUCACAUUUCUUACAUGUACAAUCAUUUGUGUUUCCCACAUAAUACAGCCCUGAUUUGUGGACAACUUGUAGCCUUUGUGAUGGAAAAACCUUAUAUUCUCGUCCAAGGUGUCUGAAUCAGUUCAGCCAUUCAACACUCCUUUCAAGUCCGUGCCUCAUUCUUGGCAUAAUUCUUGCUAUAAUGCUCGUAGACUAUAAAUUUCAUUUUUGUGUUUAUAACAGCUUCAACAUGAGACAAUCUUGGCAAGCAUCCUAUGUACCAUUUUGUUUAGAUUCCUUUAUUGAAUGUCAAAAUCAUGUGACUCCAUGUGACUCCAAAUAUAAUAAUUAAUGUUUCCUUCAUCAUUAAAGCCAGCAAUAAGCUUCUCAUGACCACGCUCGCUGCUGAUACAACUUAAUGUUGCUCAGUAUCCAUGGUUGGAACCAUUUCAAGCAAGUUAAAAGUGGUGAUUAAUGCUAUAAUUCAUCAAAAAGGACUUUUGCUGCAACAGUGCUCCUUACAAAAGAUUGUACAGUUUCUGCUGCUUCUUCCCCCUACAGAAUUGUUGUGCUUUUACAAUAGUUAGAGAAGCAGUAUUAAUACUGUUGCAAGAUUGUGCAGAGACGUGGCAUAAUAUUGAAGCAUACCUAAAAAUCAUUGAUACUCAGCAAACUCUAAGGUUUUACACCAGUCUCAAUUGGUAUUAUUAAUUGGCAUCUUCUUCUUGCGUAUGGUGUGCACAGCCUAAAGUUGUAGGACAACUUGUUCUAUUUGAUCCUGUUUGAUUGUGCACACCAGGUUGAUUGCAUGUGUUGAAACAGGGCGGACCACGUGAAGGUUGCAAUCUCCCACCCCAUUAAUUGGCAUCCACUCCGGAUUAAGCAAGUCAUUUCCUUCUGCACAAGAUCAUGUUUGCUUUAACAUUAUGUUUGCAUAACCUUUUGAAUUCUUCCUCAAUUAUCCAAAGAUAUUCUUCUCUCUGCCUAUUAGGAUGUCAACCUGAUUGCAUAAAGAAUGCUGGACUCUUAUCCAUGGUUACCUGAAAGAUUUUUGAUGAUGACUUUAUUGGUAUAUGAAUACUAAACCUUACAAAUGUCAGUUAAUAAUAGGCAAAUGUCAGUUAAUAAUUGGCUUUCUUUGUCCAGGUCCAGCCAGCAUAGGCAUGGGACAGGUUCAACUUAUUAAAUUCUUGGCUCUUGUCAAUUCAUAAGUUCAUACGGUAUAGAAGCAGAAUUAGGCCAUUCGGCCCAUCAAGUCUACUGCGCCAUUCAAUCAUGGUUGAGCUAUCUUUCCCUUUCAACCCCAUUCUCCAGCCUUCACCACAAAACCCCUGACACCAGUACUAAUCAAGAAUCUAUCAAUCUCUGCCUUGGAAAUAUCCAUUGACUUGGCCUCCACAGCCAUCAGUGGCAAUGAAUUCACCUAUAUUCUCCAGAGAUACUGCCUGACACGUUGAGCUACGAGGAGGUUGCCGGGACUCGAGAACCUAAGCUCUUUUUACGAGGAUCUUGCCAGGACGAGGGCCUGAGCUACAGGGAGAUGUCGAGCAGGCUAGCAUUUUAUUCCUUGGAGCAGAGGAGGAUGAGUGUGACCUUUUAGAGGUGUACAAAAUCAUAAAAGAAAUAGAUCGGGUAAAUGCACAGAGUCUUUUGCCCACAGGGGAAUUGAGAACCAGAGGACAGCUUUUUCUAAUGCCUUCCUCUGUAAUCAUGACCACCCACCCAUCCCAUCCUCAUACCCCAAUAUGUGAUUCCCCAGGAAAAACAAUGAAGGAACUAAUUCUGCAGGGACACCGACAUUGUAAAUGCAGCAUGGAAACAAGUCUUUCAGCCCAACUCGUCCAAGCCGACCAAGGUAGUUUAGUUCAGUUGUUUAGUUCAGUUUAGUUUAUUAUCAAGUGUACCGAGAUACGUUGAACAUUUUUUGUUGCAUGCUGUUCAAUCAGUGGGAAGACAAUACUUGAUUAGAAUUGAGCCAUUCACAGUGUAUAGAUACAUGAUAAAGGAAUAAUGUUUGGUGCAAGAUAAAGCCAGCAAAGUCAAGGGUAGUUCGAGGGUCACCAAUGAGGUAGAUAAUAGUUCAGGGCUGCUCUCUGGUUGUGGUAGGAUGAUUCAGUUGCCCAAUCAUAAAUAGCAAAGGAAUAGGUGACAUUUCAGGUUGAGACCCUUCUUCCGACCCCAGAGGUCAGGAUCGAACCCAGGGUCUCUGGCGCUGUGAUGCAGCAGGUCUGCCAGCGACUGCCACUGUACCGUACCUGAGCUCGUCUCAUUUGCCUGAGUUUGGCCCAUAUCCCUCUAAAUCUUUCCUGUGCAAAUGCCUUGUAAACAUUGUAAAUGUUCAUGUCAUAGGAGCAGGAUUAAGCCAUUUGGCCCAUCUUCUACUCCGCCAUUCAAUCAUGGCUGAUCUAUCUUCCCUCUCAACCCAACUCUCCUGCCUUCUCCCCAUAACCCUUGACACUGUUACUAAUCAAGAAUUUGCCCAUCUCCGCCUUAAAUAUACCCCAUGACUUGGCCUCCACAGCUGUCCGUGGCAAUGAAUUCCACAGAUUCACCACCCUCUGACUAAAGAAAUUCCUCCUCAUCUUCUUUCUAAAGGUACGGCCAAUUAAUCUGAAGCUGUGCUCUUUGGUCCUAGACGCUCCCACUAGUGGAAACAUCUUCUCUACGUCCACUCUAUUCAGGCCAUUCACUAUUUGGUAAGUUUCAAUGAGGUCCCACCUCAUCCUAAACUCCAGUGAGUACAGGCCCAGCAGUGUCAAACACUCAUCAUAUGCUCACAUCACCAUAAUUGUAACUGCCUCUACCACUUCCUUUGGCAGCUUGUUCCGUACACCUAUCAUCCCCGGUGUGAAAAAACUUGCCACUUGGGUCCCUUCAAACCUUUCCUCUCUCACCUUAAACCUAUGCCCCCAAGUUUUCUACACCCCCUACCCUGAGAAAUAGACUGUGACCUUCAACACAACUGCCAAUGAUCACCUUCAUGCAUUCAUACAUGGCUGCACAUAUCACUCGCCCAACAAGCAUAUGAAGUGAAGGGAUUUCAUUGUUUGCCAUUACAUAGGAAGAUUUGCAAUGUAGCCAGUUUGAUAAAUCUUUAAAUUACUAAAGGCAAUAUUCUCCUUUGUGAGUGAAGCAGGGAUUUAAUACCACCAUUGCCUAUUGAGGAUAUGUCAUGUUUGAAAAAGCCUGCUCUUUAGUAAGAUUAUAUCUGUAUGGGCUCAGAAAUGUAGCUUCAGUUGAAAAAGUUUCCAAUAAUUUUUUUUAAGUUAUGAGAUUGAAAAAUUCUGCAUUAACUUAUCCUCAAGUUCUGAUUCUUUUUUUGGCUCAAUUCCUUUGUGCCAUGAGUUUCUGGGACAGUUUUGAUACUUCAUUAAGCACUCUGAAUUGAGUUCAGGCCACAAUUUAGUUGGUGGACCAGGAGUGUCUGAAUGCAAAGGUCAAAUUAUUUAUCAUGCCAGUGAAGCGAAGGUUGUAACCCAAUAUGAAUCAGGGCACAAAAAGAUUGAAACUUGAGUUGUUUCAGUGAAUGCGUGGGUGGAAAUCCUGUAAUUGUAGAGACUGUGAUCGGGAACUUUAAUCAGUACUCUGUGACUCUCUCGGUACCUGCAACACUUUAUAAAUCCAGUUAAGUUGCACCCAAAGGAAAUCAUUCUCACAAAUUGCCUUCAUUUAGUCUAUCAUAGCAGUUACAUUGGUUAGAAGAUAUUUAGAAACAUUACAGCAGAGAAAGAAGCAAUUCAGUCGGCCAAAUGCAUGUGACACUCUCAGCGAUGUUCAAUUCUUUUUUACAGAGUGGGCUGGAUUUCCGACUGUUUUGCGCUGGCGACUUACAUAAAAACACAUUUUAAUUUAACCAAACUGCUAAUUUUAAAUCACAUAAAUUCACAAAUGCAGACUUUCUUGCUGCCCUCUUUAAUUGGACUUUACCUUGCACUAAAUGUUGUGCCCUUUAUCCAUUAUCUGUGUACUGUGAAUGGUUUGAUCGUUAUCAUGUAGCCUAUUCUCUGACUGGAUAGCUCGCAAAUAAAAGCAUUUCACUGUACCUCGUUUCACGUGACAAUAAUAAUCUAAACUAAACUCACGCUCCAUUUGCCACCUUCUGACUGCCCCAGAAGAUGGUACUCCCUACAUUUCUGCUUCCCCUCACCACCCUGCCAACAACCUCUACUCUCCUAUCUGCUUGGAUUUCCUUUCACAUCCCAAAGACAUGCCUUUCAGUAGGUUAGAUAGACACAAAGUGCUGGAGUAACUUAGCGGGUCAGGCAGCAUCUCUGGGGGAAAAGGAUGGUUGACAUUUUGGGUCGGAUCCCUCCUUCAGACUUUCAAUAGGUUAAUUAGCUGCUGUAAAAACUGCCCAUAGUGCAGGUGAAUGGUAGGAUUUAGGGGGAGUUGAUAGGAAAAGAGAAUAAAAUGGCUCAACCCGGGUAAGCAUUCCUUGUCUUUUGAACCCCAGCCUUCACUGAGUAGCCAAAGGCAGUGGCAUCCAAGCACCUACUCAGGGUUAAAGCAUUACUUUGUAUGAUUACUUUUUAUUUAUUUUUUCCUAUUUUAAUGGUUGCCGUUUGGGAAAUACAUACAACUCCAUCAGAAAUUAUCUAUCUCUUUCAGAUGCCUUCAAGCCUACUGAAUAAUUUAAGCUUGUUCUGUUUCCCAACAUGUUCAAAUGAUAAUAUUUUUCGCAUCACGUACAAAUGUUAAAAUUAUCAACCGACGAGAAAAGAUUUGUCAGACAUACAAAUCCCAAAUCACAAUUACUAAAGUUUCUCAAUGUUUCUACAGCUCUUUAAGUCACCAAGUUACAUUUGAAAAAAAAAGCAAAAAAGACAGCUGCUAAUAAACUGAAAGAAAUCAAGAAAGGGAUGGGGAUAUACUGUAGAAUAGACAGUUUCUGUGGUGGGACAAACAAUGCCUUUCGGGUUCAUGACUUGUCAUCAGAAUACUUUAAUAGUUUGAUCAAUAAUCUCUUGCCAACCACUCUGCCUGAAGUGUUAACUUUGAUUCACGCUCCACAGAUGCUAUCUGACCUUCUAUACCCAGCUUUAUUCAAGGGAUUUUUCCAGUUGAAUUUUACAGAAUAAAUGGUCAUUUGUUUCAUGUUAUUCACCCAUUACUCUGUGCAUAAUGCACCUCAAAUUAAAGCACAUAUACAUUUGGCCAAAGACUGAAGCGUUUGUUGAUAAUCAUUGGUAAUAAACUCAGACAUUUGUUUCACAACACCAGUGCUGCCCACAGUCCUGUAAUCAUUGACCAACACUCCUCAUUGUAAUCAACACACUGAAGAGCCACAUUUCAGUGGUUUAUAACCAUUGUUUACUUUAGUUUUGGUUCAAUUUAGAGAUAAAGCGUGAUAAAGCAUGGUUGACGCAGACUUCAGCCCACUCAGUCCACGUCAACUAUUCAUCACCUGUUCACAUUAUGUUAUCCCACUUUCACUUCCACUCCCUUCCACACAAGAGACAUUUUACAGAGGCCAACUAAACUGCAAAACUGCAGUCUUUGCGUUGUGGGGGAAAUCAGGAGCAUCAUGGCCACAGGGAGAAUAUGCAAACUCCAUGCAGACAGCACCCGAGGUCAGGAUUGAACCUGAUUCUCUGAUGCUAUGAGGCAGCAGCUCCACCAGCUGCACCACUGUGAACAUUAAAAUUGUUUUUAACCUUGAAGUCACUGAGUGUUUGACAAGGUGAAUUUUCAAAGUGUUUGAAGCAGGUAUUACUCUAUUCACAUAUUUUGUGAAAUAAAUAUUUUAUUCAGCAACUGACCAAAGCUGGAAAUAGUGAUUCACAUAAUUUUCUCAGGGCCCUUUUGUUCCUCAAUCAGGGUCUGGCAGGAGACUGGCAUUUCAGAGAUGUUCAAACUUUUUUUUAAAUUCGAAGUCUGAACAUCAGGAAAAAAAAGACCUGAAUGAAUAGUACAAAAAUGUCAUUUAGAAUAUUCAAUUCUCUUGCUUGCAUUCUUGAACUUUAGGAACACUCAGACUAAGAAUUGAUCUUUGAUUAUUUUUGAAUGUAUUUUGUUAAAAACAAAUUAGAGUUUUUGAUUAAAUUACAGAGAGGGGAACAUAAUCAAUGUGGUGUACACAGACUUCCAAAAGGCAUUUGAUGAGGUACCUCAUAAGAUUAAAACCCGUGAAAUGACAGGGCCCCCGGGCAAUAGUAGAUAGAAAAUUAGCUGCGGGCAGGAAACAAUGUGGGCAAAAAAUGUGUUCCUCAUUCUGCCUUUCAUCUUUGCCAGUCCAUUUCUCUGUUGGGUACCAAAAUUCACAUGAAUUUCAAGAACGAUACAUUUCCCAUCAUGGGCUGUGCUCUUUAAUGUUGUUUUGAGUGACCUAGAGAAGCUUAUAACCUCUACCUUGGCCCACAUUUACUGAAGAUACAAGGGGGGAGUUCCCUACAAAGAGGUUGUGUCUGUUCAGUGCCUUUGCAAUAAAACACCACUUUCAUGUGUUUAAUCAGGGUAAAUCGUUAUAAUGUGUUUUGUGAUCCGCAGCACUAAAUAGCAGGUGAUCUUUUUCAUACGUUUAUGUUUAUCACAGGUUAUCAGCAAAUUCUGGUGACCAUGGUUCAGAAUACCCGAUGUGUGAUGUCAUCAAUAAUAAAGACUAGACCAAGUGCACCCCAACGCUAGAUGCCACCACUCACCCAUUCCCCCAACGCAAGAUGCCACCACUCACCCAUUCCCCCAACACAAGAUGCCACCACUCACCCAUUCCCCCAACACAAGAUGCCACCACUCACCCAUUCCCCCAACGCAAGAUGCCACCACUCACCC